AUGCUGCCCUCGGGCUGCAUUCUCUACCCACGAUCACGCCCGAAGCCGGGUCAGGCUGAGGCCCGCCGGACCCCGUUCCUCCCUAGGUCUCAGAAGGCCCGCACUCGGCUCCAGCUGGGCGACCUGCGGUGCCUAAACCGCACCCUCGCCCGGGCCUCAGCUGGUUCUCCGCCGGGGCCGCAGAGGCCCUGCUGGGCGCGGGCCACCGUCGUCCUCUCUCGCGGCCAGCGGCCUGGGAAGGCGCAGGUUCUCCCCGCGCCGGACCCGGAGAGCCCCACAGACCUGCGAUUCACGCCGGCAGCCACAGCCGGAAACGCCCCCGCCCCCUGCGCGCCCGGGAAUUUCCGUUUCACGGCGGAGAAGGCGGGGAACGCCACGUUAUUGGUGGAGAAUCAGGAGGAGGGGGGACUUGAGGGCUCCCUUUCCGUCCAUUGGAUGGAGUGUCCGUCCAUCAGGACGCAGCCCGGUGGGCGGGGCUCGCGGGGCGAAGGCGGCCCUAGCAACGCGGGCGUGUUUGUCUUUCACCCACGUGUGUAUUUAUUACAGGCGACUGACCAACACACAAGUUCAGAGAAAAGAGCAGCAAAAAUUGAAUUGAAUGAAAUGCAAAAGCAAGAAAUUAAAGAGGCCUUUGACUUAUUCGAUGCUGAUGGCUCUGGGACCAUAGACGUGAAAGAAUUGAAGAUUGCAUUGCGGGCCUUAGGAUUUGAACCAAAGAAAGAAGAAGUUAAACAAAUGAUAGCUGAAAUGGACAAAGAAGGAAUUGGCACCAUUAGUUUUGAAAAUUUUUUUGCCAUUAUAAGUGUAAAAAUGGCUGAGAAAGAUGAAAAAGAAGAAAUAUUGAAGGCUUUCAAAUUAUUUGAUGAUGAUGAUACUGGGAGGAUAACACUAAGUAAUAUCAGGAGAGCCGCCAAGGAGCUCGGGGAGAAUUUAACAGAUGAUGAACUGCAGGAAAUGCUUGAUGAAGCUGAUUAUGAUGGGGAUGGAGAAAUAAAUGAGGAGGAAUUUUUGAAAAUGAUGAAGAAGACCGCUCUUUAAUACUGUUCUUUUCUGUCCCAUUUGUUAUAUGAUUCAAUAAUGUAAGAUCUGAAUGGAUUCAUUUUCAAUUUUUAGUUUGUCUACACAGAUUGGUCUCUUGGUGUCUGUGUGAAAAGUUGUGUUUCUACCAAUAUUGUUAUAUUUGCCAUACAAAGAAACAAAACAUGAGAGCUUCCUUGAGCCAAGAAUGUAAGAGCAGUGUUAAUUCCAACUGCUUUUUUUAAGUGGGUUCCACAGACUUAGAAUUUUAUUGAAGUUUAUUGCAGUUGGCCCCACAUCCAAAUGAAUCUGGCAAACAAACCAUUAUUAUUGUGUGACUAAAAAAGCAGAUUAGCAUUGUCUUUUUAAUCACUUCUUCAAAUAUGUAAAAAAUAAAAUUGGUUGGCAACUAA